UUCGACGAAGUGUUGUUUAUGAUAGGAAAGACACAAGUUGGCGUCCCGCUUGACGGAGGAGCUCGCCACGGUUUACGUCCCACCUCACGAGUGAGUUUGUCUUUCCGAUAAAGGACACGAUCCGACGGGAAGGGUUCUUCUUGCAAAGAGGAGAAGAAGAUGGAGGGUGCACACGCUUUGAGAGCACUGAAACAGGAAGCGUGAAGCAGCUGUUUAUAUAGCCCGCCUUCUCCCUCCAUCCUCACCCCCGCCGUCCCCCUCCCCCGGUCUCAGUGUGCCUCAGCUUGCCGUCGCCGUGGAUGUUCGUCAAGCAGAUCCCAGCCUCUUCAUUCCUGCUGGCACAAAACCACUCUUUGACUUUUCUGCCUCUGCUGGGAUUUAAACCCUUUGUUUGUGUGAGGGCAAGCAACAAACUCCGUACAAGACUGACUGGUGUGCUCGCUGGCAGAUGUCUCCCCAAAAUACAUCCUGAUCAAAACUGGACAAGGAGCGUAGCUGCUAAGGGCGACGGCGCCUGAUGGAAAAUUUAGGGCCCUUGGCGGAAAAGGACGAGCGUCAGAAGCCAUGAAAGGCCGCAAGAAAAACGCCUCGGCUCGGGUGUGUGGCUCCAUGCUGGAGAGCGGCGAGCGGAAGGACGCCAUGUUGUUGUCAAAGUGGCGGUGGAGCACGAUCGCCGUGAAGUCCCAGAGCUGAGAGGAGCUCAACACACACGGGACAAUGUGCAACAUCUCCUUCUGCAAUGUGGACAGCAAGGUGGACCAGUACUUCCAGCCGGCCCUCUACAUCUUCGUCAUCGUGCUGGGUCUGCCCACCAACUGCAUGGCAUUGUGGGCCGCCUACAUGCAGGUGCGCCAACACAACGAGCUGGGCGUCUACCUGAUCAACCUGUCAGUGGCAGACCUGCUGUACAUCAGCACGCUUCCUCUCUGGAUCGACUACUUCCUGCAGCGUGACGACUGGAUCCACGGCCAGGAGAGCUGCAAGGUGUUUGGCUUCAUCUUCUACACCAACAUCUAUGUCAGCAUCGCCUUCCUCUGCUGCAUUUCUCUGGACCGCUACCUGGCGGUGGCGUACCCCAUGAGGUUUGUCAAGGUGCGGCGCAUCAAAACAGCCAUGUUGGUCAGCGCCAUGGUCUGGGUCAUCGAGAUCGUUGCCAACUCUGCGCCGCUGUUCCACGACGAGCUUUUCCAGGGUCGCUUCAACCACACCUUCUGCUUUGAGAAGUACCCCAUGCAGGAUUGGGUGGCCGGGAUGAACCUCUACAGGACCUUCCUGGGCUUCCUGGCCCCGUGGACCGCCAUGCUGGUGGCCUACCGCGGCAUCCUGGCCGCCGUGCGCUGCAACGUGUCCACCGAGCGGGAGGAGAAGGCCAAAAUUCAGCGCCUGGCGUUGAGUCUGAUCCUGAUCGUGCUGCUGUGUUUCGGGCCGUACCACGUCCUGCUACUGGUGCGCAGCGCCAUCUUCCUGAGGAAGCCAUGUGACUGCGGCUCGGAGGAGAGCUUGUUUGCAGCCUACCACGUCUCGCUGGCGCUCACUAGCCUCAAUUGUGUCGCCGACCCCAUCCUCUACUGCUUCGUCAACGAGGGGGCGCGCCAUGACGUAGGCCGCGCGCUCUCGGCCUUGAUGUCCGCGGCGUGCCACAGGGGCGCCGCCGGCUCGCCAUCUCACGCCGACGUGCUCAACGCCGCCUCCGUGACCGUGGAAACCCCCCUGGCGGCGAAGAAGCAGCCGUGCGCUUACACAGACGGCGCAAAGACCAGCAGCUACAAGACGGAACUGGUGGCGCUGAAGGAGGAAUGUCUGCAGAUGAGCAUCCUCAGGAAGUGACGCCCAGAAAAAUGUGGAAGGUACCGGAACAAAUUGGCGGCAGGAAGAACCGGACGUGCAUCCAAAAUGACCAUCACGUCUGUCAGGACUUUAGGACUGCACUCAUGCAGGCUUAAGCCACGCCCACUUGGCUUGUUUCGUCUGCUUCUUUUUUUUUUAAACAAAGUCAAGUCUCUUAAGUUAUUAUGUUAAUGAGAAUAAAAGGUUAAACCUA